AUGGUUCAAGGGCCCAUGGGAAACUCUGCCAAGCGGCCCCAACACCGGGGGCCUAAGGACUGCUGGCAGUGGCCUGGCUCCCCGCCAAGGGGGUCCCGCCAUGGCCUGGGCCCCAGCCCCAAGGAGCAGAGGAGCCCUGGGCCGGGUGUUCAGGGCUGCUACUCCGUACUCAGUAGCCUGGUGGGGCCUGCCUGCGUCUUCCUGCAGCCCAGCAUCGCCGCCACCCAGCUCGAUCGGGAGCUGCGGCCAGAGGAGAUUGAAGAGCUGCAGGCUGCCUUCCAGGAGUUUGACCGAGACCGGGACGGCUAUAUCGGCUACGGAGAGCUGGGAGCCUGCAUGCGGACAAUGGGCUACAUGCCCACGGAGAUGGAGCUCAUCGAGAUUUCACAGCAAAUCAGUGGCGGGAAGGUGGACUUUGACGACUUUCUGGAGCUGAUGGGCCCCAAGCUGCUGGCGGAGACUGCGGACAUGAUUGGCGUCAGGGAGCUGCGGGACGCCUUCCGGGAGUUCGACACCAACAGGGACGGCUGCAUCAGCUUGGGUGAACUCCGGGCGGCUCUGAAGGCCCUGCUGGGAGAGCGGCUCAGCCAGCGGGAGGUGGACGAGAUAUUCCAUGACAUUGACCUCAACGGGGACGGCCUGGUCGACUUUGAAGAGUUUGUGCGAAUGAUGUCUCGCUGA